AUGUCGGGGACUGGAUUUCAGACCUGCCUACAGAGAAGUAUCUGUAGUGCAAAGUAUUACAAACCAAACCUGGUUUUGACUGCCACAGCCACCAAAAGCAUACAGAGAAACAUUUACGAACACUUGGGUUUCAAAGUGGAGGAAACUAAAGUGGUUGCUGCUCUUCCUGAUAGGCCAAACAUAUUUUUGGAUAUGAGAGCAAGUACCGACAAAUAUGAGAAUGAACUUGCCUGGGUACUAAAUCACCUGAUCAGCGAUGUCAAACAGAAAAAAAUAAUAAUUUAUGUAAGAUCUAUAAACAUCUGUUACAACCUGUAUUUAUGGAUUGUUUCAGAAAUGAAACAUCAUUUUUUUGUGAAUGACUCUCCUUCUUUACAAAACAGACGUGUUGAGAUGUUCCAUGCUAACACCGAUAAGGACAGUAAAGAUAGAAUAAUGGAACAAUUUAUUAAGGAAGAUGGCAAUAUUCAGGUGCUUAUUUCAACUGUUGCCUUUGGAAUGGGCAUCAACAUUCCAGAUGUCAGCAUAGUGGUGCAUUGGGGUUUGCCUGCAACAUCACUAAGCUAUUGGCAAGAGGUUGGUCGCUGUGCCAGAGAUGGCAGAAAAGGCUAUGCGGUUUGUUAUGGCUUCAAGAGAAGUAUUUCCAAAUGUGAGGAAGAGGAAAUGAAAGAAUGUAUUAAACUGGAAAAUUGUUUAAGGUUUGCAGUUUUAGCACAGUUCCAACUUGAUGGCAUGCCAGAGCAAUUUCUGCAGGCUUUAAAGAUUACAAAAUACUGUAUCAAUGGAUGUCAACACUGCAGUUGUAGUAAAUGCCAGUGCUGUACAGUCUGUUGUAGUCUCUGUACAUGUGAAGGAAAAAUAGAUGGCCCUCUGAAUGCGUUCCUCAUUUCUUAA